CCCCGGAGCGGCGGGCUGCCCGCCCCCGCCCCCUGCGGCCACGCGGAGCGCCGGGCCGGCCGGCCAGGCCCUCGGCAGCCUCACUGCGGGCCCCGCCGCGGGAGGGCCCCGCCGCUCCCCGCAGAGGCACGGAGCUGAGGCGACCGUGACACGCUAUCGGUGGACUACAGGCCCCAGCGGGCCGCGCGUGGGCCCGACGGCCAUGGCUGCGGCCGGGCUGGUGGGGGCCGCGGCCCGUCAUGAGGCGGCGGCGGAGGCGGCUGCGGAGGCCGAUUAUGAGGCGGCGGGGGAGCCGGCGCCCGAUUACGAGGCGGCGGAGCUGUACACCCGUGCCUUCCGCCUGGGGGCCUUUGGCCGCUGCUGGAGGCAGCGGCUGGGGCCGCCGGAUCUCUCGCUAGCGGCGGCGGCAGAGUCGGACACGGCCGUGGCGGCGGAGCUGGGCUGCGCGGCGGAGACGGCGGCCGAGCUGCGGGCGGUGUGCAGCCUUGAUAUGUUACUGUCUUCUGAUAAAGAAAAGGACCCAGAUGUUAUUCCUGAAGACAGCAGUCUGCUAACUCUUCGAAUUAGAAAGAAGGCAUUAGAGAGGAGAGAAGAAACAAUUAUUGUGGAUCGGGCUUGCAGACAAGAAACUCUUACCUAUGAGAUGGAAUCACAUGCAAUUGGAAAGAGGCCAGACAACCCAACAGAUCUAGUUGAGGAGGGAGAACUACUUUUAACUCUGAAUGUCUUCUAUCCUGUCAUAUUUCAAAAGCAUAAACACCACAAACCCUAUCAGACAGUCCUUGUACUGGGCAGCCAGAAGCUCACUGAGCUGAGAGACUCAAUUUCCUGUGUCAGUGACCUUCAGAUGGGUGGUGAGUUCAGCACUCAGCCAGAUCAAGCACCAGAGCAUAUCAGCAAGGAUCUCUACAAAUCUGCUUUCUUUUAUUUUGAAGGCAUCUUUUAUAAUGAUAGAAGAUACCCAGAGUGCAGAGAUCUGAGCAGGACAGUUAUUGAGUGGUCAGAAUCUCAUGACAGAGGCUAUGGAAGUCUUCAGUCUGUUAAAAUGGAGGACUACACAUUUAAUGAUUUGUCCCUCAAAAUUGGCUUUCCAUACCUUUUCUGCCAUCAAGGGAACUGUGAGCACAUCAUUAUCGUCACAGAUAUAAGGCUCAUUCAUCAUGAUGACUGCCUGGACAGGAACCUCUAUCCCUUGCUGAUGAAGAAACACUGGUUAUGUACCAGAAAAUGCUUUGUGUGCAAAAUGUAUACAGCCAGGUGGGUAACCAACAAAGACAGUCUGGCACCAGAGGAUCCUUGUUUCUUCUGUGAUGUUUGUUUUCGGAUGCUCCAUUAUGAUGUGGAAGGCAAUAAACUGGGGGAGUUUCUUGCAUAUCCUUAUGUCGAUCCUGGAAUUUUCAGCUGAAACUGACGUGAGCUAGUGUGGUGGGCUGGAUGCCAGGUGCCCACCAAGCCGCUCUGUCAUUCCUGUCUGCAAAACAACAGGGUAGAAAAUAAGAUGGAAAAAAAUAAACUCGUGGGCCAAGAUAAAGGCAGUUUCAUGAAGCAACAGCGAAAGUCGCAUGCAUGGAAGCAAAAGAAAACAGACGAUGUUACUGUCUAAUUCCCAUCAGCAGGUGAUGUUCAGCCACUUCCCAGGAAGCAGGGCUUCAGCGGGCGUAGCAGUUGCUCCAGAAGACAAAUGUCAUAAAUAACGAAUGUCCCCCUUCCUCCUCCUUUCCCUUAGCUUUCAUAUCUGAGCAGACGGCAUGUGGUAUGGAAUAUCCCACUGGCCAUUCGGGUCAGCUGUCCUGCCUGUGUCCCCUCCCAAGACCUUGCCCACCCCCAGCCCACUGGUGUGUGUUGGGGGAAGGUUGGAGAGGCAGCCUUGGUGCUGUGUGAGCGCUGCUGAGCACUAGCCAAAGCACUGGGUGUUACCACCACCUUUCCAGCUACCAAUACAAGCUCGGUGCUGUGAGGGCUGCCGUGGGGCUCAGCCAGACCCAGUACAGCCAGAAUUAAUUCAAUGAGCUACGUUGGUGAAUCAGUUACUCUGGCUGUUCAAACCACCAGACAGCUUGAGUUUUGAGCGUACUGCUGGGGUUUGUGUUAGGCUUUUAAUUCUCUCCCCUUAGGUCAAAGGAGCUCUUUGCACUUGAAGUCUUGCUGGCGUGCUUUUCUGAGUAAGAAUGGUUUUAAGAGAUAAGUUAGCAUGGAAAAAUACUCUCAGACAUCUACUUGAUUUUAAUCAGUUACAUGGGUUUUUUUAAUGCACUGACAAAAAUACAGUAGUUCGGAGACUAUGGACUCUAAAAAUAUGGAUGUUGCAAAAGCAUCCCUGGUCUUAAGAAUUUGUGUGCAUCUAAGUCUCUGUUAACCUUGAAGGAUGAAAACAAAGUGUUUGGGCAUCUUACCUUGAAAACUCUGGCAGGUUGUCAUCUUUGAACAAGGGUGGAUAGCACUGCAUUUGUGGGGAGCAGAGCGUUUUCUGAGAGAAGCUCAGAAUCCUUGUUAACUUUUAAGGUCUUUCCUGCAAACAGGGCAUGCUUGCAUCUGUAAGCCACUGCUGUCCUUGCGUUCUGAAGACUGAUCCUGUGAAGAAUAAACUACAUUUCGCUGAUUACGGAAUUGUAGCCUGCCUUUCAAACAGCUGUUAACUGUUCACAGUGUGUGCAGUUUUAACUGUUCAUAAAGUAGAGUUCAUUGUGCAUUUCUUUUUUUUAGUAUCAUUCUGUUGUUGUAAAUAUUGUUGGGUUUUAUUAAAAUGUGACCGAUUUGUACUUGCUAGUCUUGAUGUUAAGUUGAAACUCUGCUUGCCAAGACAGAACAUACUUAUCUAGUGCCUUGCUUUUUAAAGUAAUCUGCAAUUCAGAGGAUUUUAGUGGGCAUAAUUGCUGUUAAGUAAAGCUAUUAGCACUAACUGCUUUCUUUUUGAAAGCUUCAGCUAGUUCUCCAAAAAAGUCUCGUUCUGGUUGGUGUAAGAGACAACCAGCUCUGAUAACCUCUGCACAGAAACGUACUUGACAGAUUACAUUGUAUUCAGGUCCUGUGGCCACAGAUUGUGUAAGCGCUCACUUGAUUAUCUGAGAUGUCUUGAAACAAAAGUGUCUUAAGCAUUUGCAGGACUUCAUGCAUCACUCUCAUAUCUGACUGCUUUCCAGUGGUGUGUUAGCUCAGCCAGCUGUUGGCCAGUGUACUUUGGUAACAGGGUAGCGAACCAAGCACUUGUAGCAGCAGGUGGUGGUAGUUCUCUUACCCUUCAGGAAUCUGCGGAAGAGGGAGCGAGCGCCCUUCCUGCCGCAACUGUUGCCAGUUAAACUGCUAGGGCUGGACUGCAUUGUGGUGCUGUAGCAGCUGCGUUAAAUACCCCACGUGGAAAAAUUACUGAAGUUGUAUUAUAAUAUUAAGGAAAUUUUAGGGUAAAACUGCAGCUGCUACUUCCAGGGUGGAAUAUAGUUGGUAUGCACAGGCUCUACUCGCCAGUAGUUCCCCAGGCAACACAACUUGCAACCUUAGGACAUGCCAAGAGAAGGUGAAGGGCCGCGGGGGGGAGGAGCAGAGUGGAGACACUGCGCCCAGACCCUGUUGUGCUCCCUGCAGGAAGGGGAGCCUGGUGGUACCAUGUACUGAUAAACUUUAUGCGUAGUAGCUGUCUAACAAGGAAGAUAAGGGAAGGUACCGGCUGCUGAGCCAGCAGCUGCAGUGAGCCAGCAACUGUGGUGAAAUUGCUUUCUUUGGAUGAACUUUGCUCGUUAUAAUUUCAUUGUAAUACCAAAGCACACCUCCAUCUCAAAGCCGCCUGCCUCCAAGGUACGACCACCCCUUAAUCAGCUGUGCCUUUAAAGGUAAAGCAAGAUAAGUUUGCACCCAUCAGUAACAAAAGUCUGUAUGACUGGAGUCACUCAAGCUCCACCUGGAAUUCAAGAAGUACUAUGAAAGUAAGUUAGGAAGGGGAGAAGUUAGGGAAGACUCCGUUGUAACUCUUGGUGUUGGUGGAUGGGCUGAACCCAUCUUCCCCAUAAGGACACCUGUCGGGUAAGAACUGUACUCCGCACAUUUAAUGAUGAACUCCAGCUGGCUUUUAUUAGUGAUUAGAUUUUGUGUGUAUACUACUUCACACUUGUUCUUGCAGUCAGUGUACUAUCAAUGGCAAUCUGGAACCUUAAAUCUGUCAUGGGUUUUGUAUAAUAAAAAAUUCUCAACUGA